AUGAUGUGCGAGGUGAUGCCCACCAUCAACGAGGGUGACCCCCUGGGGUCCCAACAGGGCCCCGACUCGGAGGCCAACUUCGAGCAGCUAAUGGUGAACAUGCUGGACGAGCGAGACAAGCUGCUGGAAACGCUACGGGAGACCCGGGAGACUCUGGCCUUGACCCAGAGUCGGUUACAGGAGACUGGGCAUGAGCGAGACCAGCUGCAGAGGCAACUCAACUCUGCCCUCCCGCAGGAGUUUGCCACGCUGACGAGAGAACUCAAUGCCUGUCGAGAGCAGCUGCUGGAGAGGGAAGAGGAGAUUUCAGAGCUGAAAGCCGAGCGGAAUAACACCAGGCUCUUGCUGGAGCACCUGGAGUGCCUGGUCUCGAGGCAUGAGCGCUCGCUGAGGAUGACGGUGGUGAAGCGGCAGGCUCAGUCCCCGUCCGGCGUCUCCAGCGAAGUGGAAGUCCUCAAAGCGCUGAAGUCGUUGUUCGAACAUCACAAAGCGCUGGAUGAAAAGGUGAGAGAGCGCUUGCGAGCGGCCUUAGAGCGAGUGGCAACCUUAGAAGAGCAGCUGGCGAGUGCCCAUCAACAGGUAAGAGGGGAGCCGGAGAAGUUGAGGGUCAGAACUGGGUUACUGGAGGGAGGCAAGGCAGGGCCAAGGCAGGAACUCCCCAACGGUUCCAUCCACCCCAACGACGAGGCGAGUCGGGUGGUGGAGCUGCAGGAGCUCCUGGAGAAGCAGAACUUCGAGCUCUCGCAGGCUAAAGAGCGGCUGGCGGGGCUGGUGGCCAGUGUUGCCGAGCUGGAAGAGGAUCUAGGCACCGCCAGGAAGGAUCUUAUCAAAUCAGAAGAGAUGAGCAGCAAGUACCAAAGGGAUCUGCGAGAGGCUCUGGCUCAGAAGGACGACAUGGAGGAGAGGAUCACCACACUGGAGAAGCGCUACCUGGCUGCCCAGAGAGAAGCCACCUCCAUCCACGAUCUCAACGACAAGCUGGAGAACGAGCUGGCCAACAAGGAGUCUCUGCAUCGCCAGUGUGAGGAGAAGGCUCGGCACCUCCAGGAGCUGCUGGAGCUGGCCGAGCAGAAACUGCAGCAAACGAUGAGGAAGGCAGAGACGCUGCCGGAGGUGGAAGCAGAGCUUGCCCAGAGGAUAGCAGCCCUUACCAAGGCAGAGGAGAGGCACGGGAGUAUCGAGGAGCAUCUGCGGCAGCUGGAGAGUCAGCUGGAGGAGAAGAACCAGGAGCUGGCGAGGGCCCGGCAGCGAGAGAAGAUGAACGAGGAGCAUAACAAGCGGCUGUCUGACACGGUGGAUCGGCUGCUGAGCGAGUCCAAUGAGCGGCUGCAGCUUCACUUGAAGGAGCGGAUGGCAGCCUUGGAGGAAAAGAAUACAUUGUUGCAAGAGCUGGAAAGCACCCAAAAGCAGAUCGAGGUGCAGCAGCAUGACAAGAGAAGGUUGUCAGAUGAAAUUGACAAACUGAGGUCGGAGGUUGACCAGCUAAAGACAAGAAGCGGGACAUUUGUGGACAGUGUACAUACGAGGUCCCACGUGGGUAGCGCCACGGACCUCAGGUACCCCCUGAGCACGGUGGUUCACGCCCCCGCCGAGACCUUCGGGACGCCUCCUGGACUGCACCGGCCACAGAUGGGUCGCUUUGCAGCUCUGCGGGAAGAACCUCCCAAGGACUGGGAGCAGACCCAGCCAGGCGGUGUCCUGGCCACCAUGUCUCACACCUUCGACAGCGACCCGGAAAUCUCGGACGUGGAGGAGGAGGAUCCCGAGGCGCUCUUCAGCUCCAUGGACGUGCUGUCCCCCAGCGGGCACUCCGACGCCCAGACCCUAGCCAUCAUGCUGCAGGAGCAGCUGGACGCCAUUAAUGAGGAGAUCAGGAUGAUUCAAGAGGAGAAGGAAUCCACGGAGCUGCGUGCCGAAGAGCUGGAGACCCGCGUCACGAGUGGCAGCAUGGAGGGCCUGAACCUGAUGCAGCUGCGCAAACGGGCUUCCAUCCCCACCUCCCUGACAGCCCUGUCCCUGGCCAGCUCCUCGCCCCCGGUCAGCGGGCGCUCCACCCCGAAGCUGUCCUCCCGCAGCGCCGCUCAGGACCUGGACCGCAUGGGGAUCAUGACGCUGCCCAGUGACUUACGGAAGCACCGGAAGAAACUGCUUUCGCCAGCCGCUCGGGAUGAGAACCGAGAAGAUAAAACCACCAUAAAAUGUGAGACUUCCCCUCCUUCCUCACCCAGGACACUGCGGCUGGAGAAGCUGGGGCAUCCUGCCCUCAGUCAGGAGGAUGGCAAAAGCUCUUUGGAGGAGCAGACCAGCAACCUGAGCAGCAGUACCAGCAGCCAGGACUCCCUGCACAAAGGCUCCAAGAGAAAAGGAAUCAAAUCUUCCAUUGGGCGUUUGUUCGGCAAGAAAGAGAAAGGCCGUCUGAUUCAGCUGAGCCGAGACGGAGCCACCGGCCACGUUCUGAUGACCGAUCCUGAGCUCAGCAUACAAGAUUCGCUAGGACUUGGCAAGCUGGGAGCCCAAGCAGAGAGGGACCGGCGGCUGAGGAAGAAACACGAGCUUUUGGAAGAUGCUCGAAGGAAAGGCAUGCCCUUUGCUCAGUGGGAUGGACCGACGGUGGUCUCCUGGUUGGAGCUGUGGGUGGGCAUGCCCGCCUGGUAUGUUGCAGCCUGCAGAGCCAACGUGAAGAGCGGCGCCAUCAUGUCUGCCUUGUCCGAUACAGAGAUCCAGAGAGAGAUCGGCAUCAGCAACCCCCUUCACCGGCUGAAAUUGCGCCUGGCCAUUCAGGAAAUGGUGUCGCUAACAAGUCCUUCGGCUCCACCCACCUCGAGGACGUCCUCCGGAAAUGUCUGGCUCACACACGAGGAGAUGGAGAACAUGGCAACUUCCACCAAAACGGACACAGAGGAGGGCAGCUGGGCACAGACGCUGGCCUAUGGGGACAUGAACCAUGAAUGGAUUGGGAAUGAAUGGCUGCCUAGUCUGGGGCUCCUGCAGUAUCGCAGCUACUUCAUGGAGUGUCUCGUUGAUGCUCGGAUGCUGGACCACCUGACUAAGAAAGAUCUCAGAGUGCACCUAAAAAUGGUCGACAGCUUCCAUCGCACCAGCCUCCAGUAUGGCAUCAUGUGCCUGAAGAGGUUAAAUUAUGACCGCAAGGAGCUUCAGAGGCGGCGAGAGGAAAGCCAGCACGAAAUCAAAGAUGUUCUGGUGUGGACCAAUGAUCAGGUCAUUCACUGGAUCCAGUCCAUUGGGCUUAGGGAGUAUGCAAAUAACCUCAUCGAGAGUGGAGUCCAUGGAGCACUCCUAGCUUUGGAUGAAAAUUUUGACCAUAAUAGUCUGGCACUUGUACUACAAAUACCCACUCAGAAUACCCAGGCACGGCAGGUGAUGGAGAGAGAAUUCAACAAUCUGCUUGCCUUGGGCACAGACAGAAGGCUGGACGAUGGCGAGGACAAGGCCUUCCGGCGAACCCCGUCCUGGAGAAAGCGCUUUCGCCCUCGAGACGUUCACAGCAUCGACAUGCUCAGCGGCUCGGCCGAGACGCUCCCCGCCGGAUUCCGAGCGACCGCCUUGGUGCCCUUGCCGCCCCCCUCAGCCCCGCUGAAGAAAAUGCCACCAGAAGCACAUUCCCACUACCUGUACGGCUACAUGCUGGCUGCCUUCCAGGACUAG